AUGGCUAUUCCAUCAAUUAACAAUAAUCACUUCCCAUUCAAUACAAUUCCCUUCUCUGAUCCUAAUCAAUACAUGAUUCUUUAUAUACCGCGCCAAACUGGGAACAACAAGAUCAACACACAAAAAAGUAAUCAGCCCAAGUACACGCCCCCUUUGACAACAACCAUCAGGUCAAUGCUCAGCUGGGAAAGGCUUCUUUUGGUGGACGACAGCAACAACAGUUUCGUGCUACGCUGGAUCAACAACUCUCCUACACUAAGCUCCGUCUUCAUUUCAGCGGUUCAGACAAAAGACCAAUUGAUCAAAUCAGUCAAAGAAUCUCAAACUUAUAACUCUUUACAAGCCAAUAUGUUGUUCACUUGGUCAAGUGUAUCAUUCAUUUUCUUCUCAAUCAUCUUUGUUGGUGCUUCUGCUGUUUCAUCAGUAUUCAUCUUACCUUUGCUAUUCUUAUCAUUCAUCUUUUCAGGCCUAGUGGUGAUAUUUAGCGGGUUAAGCUAUACAACUUUCAAAUUGGCUUCAUCAAAAUAUAACCAUACUGUAUUGUUUUUGAAUAAGUUGUUAAGAAAAUUAGCUGAUAACAUCCCACCAGCAGUAGGGUUUGAAGAAAUUCAACAAGCUAAACAGUCUCCAUGGAAAGAUCUUGGCCUACCUUCAUUGAGAUUGAGUGAAAGAUUUAAUAAACUUUAUGAUUUAAUCACUUAUCCAUUCACAAAGAAGCCUGCAUUGGAAACACAUUCCACUGCCGUUGAAAAACAAGAUUUCCAAGUUGAGCAAGCUGAUUCUGCAGUUCCAGUUAUUUAUGAUGAUGAAGAACCUAAUCUUGAGAAUGGAAUUGAAGAACCAUUAGUUGAACCAACACCUAUCGUUGAUCAAGAGGAAAACCCAAGUCCAACCGAUGACCAACCUAUUAAAGAUAGCGAGGUUGACAGCAAUGAGGAUUAA